UGAACCAAAGCACACGUUUUCGUGUUCUUUGGUAAAUUUCCGUCGUAAAUUCCGGUGUUAUUAUCCGUUGUUUGGUCGUAUAGUGGACGCGGAUCCGCUUCGUCUUCGAGUUUUGUUUGCAGACGAUAGAAAAGCGGCCACAAAAUGACUGCCCGGUGCAAGAAGCGACGCAAUCGGAACAACGCGAUUCGCCGUGCGAAGAACAAGGGCAAGGAGCUGAAGAAGCUCAAAAAGACUCUCGGCCUGAUCGAUGAGGACGGAAUGGAACUGAUGGACAAGAUCAAGGAUGUUACGGAGCAGGAGAAAAAGAAUCAGGAACUGGCACUGGUCGAGAAGGAGACGAAGGAAGAGCUCAUCAAGCGAGAACUGAAACAAGUCUCCGCGGUUCCGGAUGAUAAGUUCAUCGAAGUGGUGAACGAGAAAACGAAAGUGAAGCAUGUGUACAAUGAGAAAACGAAGCGCGACCAGUUCGGCAGCUACCCAGCGUGGUACAACCCGAAGAAGGAACAACGGAAGCAGAAGCUCAAGCAAGGAAAGAUCACUAAAAAGCGACAGUUCCGGGGCAAACGAAUGCACUACAUCGACAAGACGUGCGCGUGGAAGAACGCCAUGUAAGGAAUCAAGAUCGGUGUCGUUUGUAAUAUUUUAAACGUAAUAAAACAGUGUUUACUUCGUAAUCACA